AUGGAUGGACGGACGACACGCCCGCGGAGACACGGCGGCACGACCACGACACGAUCACAACACGUGUUACAGACGCGGAAGGAAACGAGCCUGGAGGUGGUGGAGAUGACUAACAGAAUUGCGAUCAUUGGUAGCGAGCCAAGCGGCUUCAAAGACACUACACACGCCGAGAUAGACGAAUGUAUUCAUAAACUAGUGUUCACUAGUGACACCAGACGCUCACCGCUCCUACACAGAGGGACGGUUCACACUAGGAGCUACGGAUUGUUGUGUAACCGUCAGAUACAGAGCACCGUCUAUAGAACGUGUUCCGUACAUAAGAUAGGUUCAGUACAUACACCGAUGUUACGGACUGUUAGAGAGCGGGCCUCGCGUGUCGGCGCGCCUGUGAUCCAGCCGACUGGCCGCUGGGAGUGA